AUGGGUCGGGUUAAACUGGAGCUGAAGCGGAUAGAGAAAAGCGCGAACAGACAAAUUACGUUCUCAAAACGUAAAAAAGGUCUAAUAAAAAAGGCUUAUGAAUUGGCAACACUUUGUGACAUCGAUCUUGCUCUUCUCAUGUUCUCACCCUCCGAUCGCCUUUGUCUCUUUUCCGGUCAAACAAGGAUUGAGGACGUUUUCGCGAGGUACAUCAAUCUUCCUGAUCAAGAAAGAGAGAAUGCUAUAGUUUUACCCGAUCAAAGCAAACGACAAGGUAUCCAAAACAAAGAGUAUUUGCUAAGGACUCUCCAACAACUCAAAACUGAGAACGACAUGGCCCUCCAAAUCAAUGAACCUCGCCCUGAAGCUAUCCAGUCCGAUGUCGAGGAACUUGAGCAAGAGGUUUGUAGAUUACAACAACAGCUUCAGAUUUCAGAGGAAGAGCUGAGGAAAUUCGAACCUGAUCCAGUGAGGCUAACAUCAAUAGAGGAGAUCGAAGCAUGUGAAACUUAUCUAAUAGAUACACUGACACGUGUCAUUCAGAGAAGGGAACAUUUGCUGAGCAAAACCUGCGAAGCGCCAAAUACCAAACAAAGCAUGGAAAAGAUCCCUCUGAACGACGUCGUUGACGGCUGGGACCAGAGGCUGAGCCUAAACAAGCCCAUGCGAUAGCUAUUUCAGCCCAUCAAUCCAAUCAGCUCAGUUGCGAUCAGCUGUUCCGAAGGAGUAAUUCAAGUGCAAAUCAAAAUCUAAAAUGAUGUUUGUUGGGAUGUUUGUUGGGUGAACCGUAUAAAUUGUCAAAUUCUACUUUUUUCAAAAAUGCAUAUUGUUAACAAAAAUAAAACAGCGAGCUAUUUCAUAAGUAGGUCUAUGUUUACUAUGUCUUUUUCUCUUUCAAAUUUGAGGUUUUUUUUUUCUUUCUCUGUUUUGAAAAAUAACUUUGAAC